CGGCAGCCAUCUUGAGGGGGUGUGGACAACAGAAGCUGAGCAUUAUGGGAUGGGAAACAAAGGUCCUCCUUCUGGGGGGGAUUUAAAGGAGACGGAGCCUUCCUUUCAAUGAAGAAGCGCGCUACAAAAGAAACCUUCUGUUUCCUAGCAACGGGUACGCUCUUUCUCCUGUCUCACACAAUGUAACUAUUUCACAGAAAGCCAUUUUUAAGCGAAAGGCGGAGGCUCUGACAGCACCUCCACAGUCAUUGCGAGAGCGACUUUUGUUCCCGAUCUCUCUCUUGUUGUGGCUAAGGUGAACCCCGAAGCUUCACGGUCUCCAUCAAUCCCCAUUGCACCGAGCUCAGCUCAGGUUCCCCUCGCCAGCCCUACUCUCCCCUAGCUGUUGCUAGAGCCUCCUCCCCAAAUCACAUUGAGAGAUCCUCCGGGAUUUUGCUACUGCUAGCGCAGAGAAUCUUCCUCAAGGCCUCACCUCAGGUGUUACUUAAUGCCCACUUCAGACUGUGACACCCCUCUCCUCAACGGGGUAAGAAGAAACUCCCCUCUCAAGUCACUGAGAUGUUACAAGGGAUACCCCGCUAGGCGCCAGACAUUCCAAACGAGAAAUCCAUUUCCCCUUGCUAGGAAAGAUCCCGCCGCAAUCUGUUGCCAGCGUGCAUUUCAGAAAGACUCUCUCAACGCUUAUAGAGAUUUCUGAGGACAAUCCUUUUGCAGACUCCUUCCCCAAGUUGUUUCUAGGGCGGCCUCAUCCCCACACCACACAAAAAACCCCUCCUGCCUCAAGCUAUUGCUAGGCAAGAGAACACCCACUGGACCAAACCUUGGAGGGGAGACUGCACAAGCGUUCCUAAGGGGAAUUCCACAAAAACCCCUGUCUGUUACUAAGGUGAUCCCACGACUUCCCAUCAGUUGCUAAGCAACGCCCAAGCUAUUGCUAAUGCUGUUUCUUCUCCCCUCAACCCCCACCCCAGGGCGCUUGUUGCUAGGGGGACUUUACCACUAAUUUCAAACUGUUGCGUUGGAGAUUCCCAAACUGUAGCUAUCACAAGAUUCCCCAGCUCUACAAAUUUCCAGACUGCCCCACACUCGCAUACAUCUCUCAGGCCUUGUUGGACAGUUGCAUGACUGGGAGGUGUGUCUCCAGGCUGGUGAACCUUUUCAUCAAUUAUGCCAGAAGAGAACUCACAGAGGUCCUCCAAAGGAGGGGUGAGCUUGACAAAAUCCCUCAUUGCCCAGAGGAACCUGAGCAUUCCAGUGGAGAAUGAAGCCCUGGAGAGCAUAUCCCAAGCCUUGACUUCUCUUCAGAUCCUCCGACUAGACAGAGAGAGAAUUAACUGUAUCACAAAUCUGGAAGGUUUAGAACAGAUCCACAGCAUAUACCUACAACAGAACCAAAUAGAGAAAAUUGAAAACCUAAGCUGCUUUCCCAACUUGAAAUUUCUGUCAUUAGCUGGGAACUGCAUUAGAAGAGUGAACCUCCAGGCUCUCCUGAAGCUGCAGUUUCUGGAUCUCUCACACAACUGCAUUGAAACACUGGACACAGAUGAGCUGCCCCAGAGCCUCGUGGUCCUUGACCUGACAGGAAAUAAAUGCACUAAGCAGAAUGGCUACAGGGAGCGUGUGCUGGCGGCGCUGCCCCAUCUGAAAGAACUGGAUACUCAGGGUGUCCCAAGCUGGAAAGCCCCUGUCCAAAACAGGGAAGAGGAGGAGGAGGAAGGUUCAGAAGACAGUGACUACGAUGGCUGGCCUGAGCUCUCUACUCCUCUGAGCACGGAAAAAGACUUCUUCAUGGACCUCCACAAUGAAUUUAGCGGCCGCUCAGCCCAGAGAAGAAAGGAGGAAGUGAAAGAGCAUGAAGACCGUUUGGAGGAGCUGAAGCUGCGGCAAGAUCUGAGACAGCUGGUGUUCAGCACAAGCCAAGGGAGGCCCCAGCCCUUGAAUAUAUCAGGACCAACAACCCCAUCCCUGGAGGACAGCAGGUUCCAAAGUGAGCACCAUCCUGCUCCUAACCCACUUGCAAAUCCAACACUUCAUACAGGGAUAAGAGCUCCAAAGGGGAAGGCUGGGGGCUCAAGUCAGACCCAGUCAAAAAUUUCUAAAGGAGAGGUUUCUGGUACAGCAAAAACUGCAAGCAAGAGUAAAUAACUGAUUAUUGCAUUAUUUUUAUUUAAAUGUUUUAUUCCGUCAAACAAAUAUAACACUUCUUUGAAUCUAACAGGCAGAUGGGUUGUUCUCCAUCUAUUUUUUUAAUCAUACAAGGAAGAGUGUGCAUGUGUGGGCAGGGCAAGGAAGCUUGCCAGUCAGAAACAGGCAUCCAGAUGGCCUCUGCUGAAACUUGUAGGCAGUAUUUCCUCUGAGAAAAGGGCACGGAUGGCAAGUCCAAUUGCAAGUUUACUCAGGCCAAUGCGGUUUGACCCUCUAAUGAAAUGCAGGGAGGCUUCCUGUGCCUGUUGGAAUUUUGCCCUACAGAUAUUGACUAGAUGAAAACUGGUUUGACUGCAACAGCCAUUUCAAAAGGAACCUGGAAAGAAAACAGUUAACAAGGCUGCGCAGAAUUCUGUUGUGGGAGAUGGUUAGAGCUCUCUAAAAC